AUGUUGCGCUUGGCAAGUUGGAACAUCAAUGGAUUACGGAGUCCCCUACAAGGGGUAGUAGGCCAGGAGCCCGGCAACGGCACCACCAUGGCCUUGGGUCGCCUUUUGGACGAGCUGGAUGCUGACGUCGUCUGUCUCCAGGAGACCAAAGUGACCAGGGAUGUGCUGACAGAGCCCCUGGCUAUCGUUGAGGGCUAUAACUCCUACUUUAGCUUCAGCCGAAACCGCAGUGGCUAUUCUGGUGUAGCCACCUUCUGUAAGGACAGCGCUACCCCAGUGGCUGCUGAAGAAGGCCUGAGUGGUCUGCUUGCCACUCAGAAUGGGGACGUAGGUUGCUAUGGAAACAUGGAUGCGUUCACCCAAGAGGAGCUUCGGGCUCUGGAUAAUGAAGGCCGGGCCCUCCUCACACAGCACAAGAUCCGAACAUGGGAAGGACAGGAGAAGACCUUGACCAUAAUCAACGUGUACUGCCCCCAUGCUAACCCCGGGAAGCCUGAGCGACUGGCCUUUAAGAUGCGCUUCUAUCACUUGCUGCAGAUCCGAGCAGAAGCCCUUCUGGCAGCUGGCAGCCAUGUGAUCAUCCUGGGUGACCUGAAUACAGCCCACCGUCCCAUUGACCACUGGGAUGCAGUCAGUCUGGAAUGCUUUGAAGAGGACCCAGGGCGCAAGUGGAUGGAUGGUCUACUCAGUGUCCUGGGGUGCCAGGAGGGGGCCCAUGUAAGACCCUUCAUUGAUACCUACCGUUGCUUCCACCCUAAGAAGAAGGGCGCCUUUACGUGCUGGUCUGCUGUUAGUGGUGCCCGCCAUCUUAACUAUGGCACUAGACUUGACUAUGUGCUGGGGGACAGGGCUCUGGUCAUAGAUACAUUCCAGGACUCUUUCCUGCUACCUGAGGUGAUGGGUUCUGACCACUGCCCUGUGGGUGCAGUCUUGAGUGUGUCCUCUGUACCCACAAAACAUUGCCCUUCCCUCUGUACCCGCUUCCUCCCAGAAUUUGCAGGCACCCAACUCAAGAUCCUUCACUUCCUAGUUAACCUGGAACAAGAUCCUGUGUUUGGUCAGUCAGAACUGCAGCUCAACAAUCAAACCCAGGUACAAACACGCCAAAACAAAAUCCAUGAGCGCUCAACCCAGCCUCAACCAUGUCAGGCUGGCUCUAGCAAAGGCCAGAAGAACCUGAAGAGCUACUUCCGGCCAUCCUUUAGCUGUGCCCAAGCCUCUCCAGACUUGGAGUGUCCUAGCGUGAUGGUGAAUCCAGAAGUGGAGGUGUCAGCCAAAGUGGUUGAAGUGCAGGCCAAGGCUUCAGAGGCCAAGUAUGGGAAGAAGGUGAAGAGCUUAUGCUGGAAGUCUGUGCUGGGAGGACCCUUGCCCAUACCCCUCUGUGGGGGUCACAGGGAACCAUGUGUGAAGCGGACUGUGAAAAAACCAGGGCCCAACCGAGGCCGCUGCUUCUACAUGUGUGCCAGGCCCCAAGGUCCUCCCACUGACCCCUCCUCCCGGUGUAAUUUCUUCCUCUGGAGCAGGCCCAAGUGA